AUGGUAGCCAGUAGAGAUUUGCGUGUGCUACAGGCCAAUCUGAGGAAGGGCCCCGAGACCCAACUGAGCCUCCUGAACGACCGGCCGCUGCAAUCCUGUGACUUGCUGAUGAUCUCGGAACCAUAUGUUUUCCUGAUGAACGAUACUCGGCAUUCGCUAGUCGGAGGGUUGAGGCAGCACCGGAGCAUGAUCUGGGCGAACAAAAAGACAUUCCCGCACAGACAGAUCGACGUUGCGUCAGCCGACAUUGUCGCCGUACUGCUAUUUACGCCCUCGCCAACUCUAACUGUAUCAGUAUAUAUUCCGCCAGGCAAAGGGAGCGAAGGAACUAGGACACUAACUCAAGGGCUGGAUGCAAUCCGGGAAGCCUAUCAUCGAGUCCAGAGCGAGUACGGGGACAACAUUGACAUUCUCAUUGUGGGAGACUUUAACCGCCACGACCAGCUCUGGGGAGGAAACCAAGUGGCCACGCGGAACCGCCAGGGUGAAGCAGAACCAAUUGUGCUCCUCAUGGCGGACUGGGGCUUAACAAGCUUACUGCCCCGAGGGAUCUUUACCCGGGAGGAAGGCCCAUAUCGGUCGACCAUCGAUCUUGUCCUUGCGUCAACGGACCUGAGCAGGCGGGUCACGCGGUGUCGCAUCCACCCUGUUGAACAUGGGUCAGACCACCGUGCAAUUGAAACAACCUUCCAGAGCGAAGCACGACCAACGCCUCCCCCGACAAUCCGCUUCUCAUUCCGUGAAGCUCCAUGGGCCGACAUCAACAGGGAGUUAAGAGACCUAGAGACGGAUAUCACAGAUAUCACCGACCGCUCCGAACUAGACGCGACUGCAGGGCACUUGACUCGCAGGUCCCGGUUGUGCGGCCAUCCCCAUACGGCAAGCGAUGGUGGACAUCGGAGUUAA